AAUGAAUCAAAUUUUGGAAAGCUUGUCUUUGCUUACGAGUAUAAACACGGCGGAAGAAGAAAAUUCGCAAAUAUCGGCAGUGGCCAAUUUUUGUCCAGAAGACGUGAAGGAAAUCGAGGAAGCAUACCGGGAGGGUGGAGCCGCGUCGGGUUUGCCCGCAUCCUGCAGGAGCGCAAUGACCGUUGGAAAACCGUGCCGCUCAACAUCGCCGUCAUCGGCCAGAGCGGCGUAGGCAAGUCCAGCUACAUUAACUGCAGUCGGAAUAUCACCGCGGAAGACGAAGGAGGCGCGCAGGUCAAUAUUGUGGAGUGCACGGCGGAAGUGCGGCCUUACGCCCAUCCCGACAACCCCUUGCUAGUGUACUGGGAUUGUCCGGGGGUGGGCACCCCGAAAUUCCCACGAGAAACGUAUCUGGAAAACAUUGACUUCCAGCGUUACGAUUUUUAUUUACUCCUGUCCAGCAGUCGCUUUACCUACGACGACCAAUGGCUGGCGACCGAGAUCGGAAGGCUCGGCAAACGAUUCUUUUACGUGCGCACGCAGAGCGGUGUGGACGUGGAUAAGCAGCGUAAAUCCCAUCCGAGGACAACGGCUAGUCAGUCCGAUGACGAGAUCCUGCAGAAAGUACGCGACGAUAUUAUCAAGAAGUUGGAGUUGUUCAAGGUUGAAGAAGGAACAUCUUCCUCAUCGACAGUUACGAACCCGGCAAGUUUGACUUCUGGAAGCUGCAAGACACGCUGUUGA